ACCUAAAUAUUCGUACUCAGACUACUCACUGUGAAAAAGUCUCCAAUGGACACCGUGAAAUGGUCCGAUCUUCCCAAGGAGCUCUGGCCGAUCAUCGGAAAAUUCCUCCAUAGCCGCAUCGACGUUCUCCGAUUUCGCAGCGUCUGCUCUAUAUGGCGUUCCUCUCGCCCUCCUUUCCAGCGACCUCCACCUCCUCCUCCUCUUCCCCUCAAGUUCUCUCCCGCCGUCGCCGGCGAGGCCAAAAGCGAAGCUCUACUCUUCCAAAGCACAACCUAUCGCAUGGAGUCACUGACCGACGACGAUCGUUGUUGUUCUUCACAAUCAAAGCCUUGGUUGAUGAAGCUUGAGGAGGACCUUAAUUCCGGUGAAAUGCGUUUACUACAUCCGGUGACCAAUUCCCCGCUCAGGUACUCCCCUAAUUCUACUUCAAAGGUGUUCAACUUACUGGACUUUCGGCUUGUUGAGUUGCGAAAAUCGCAUGGUCUUAAGUUUGGCAAGAACAAUGUUGGUCUCAAGUCUGUGCACAAAUUGGUAGUCAUGCCUUGUGACCGUUUGGGUUUUGGUGAUGAGUGUGUGAUGUUUAUGCUAUAUAACGAAGGCAGGCUGGGUUUUGUGAGGUUUGGAGAUGAGAAACUGACCCAUGUAGAUGAACAAAACUCUCACUAUGAUGAUAUCAUUGUGUAUAAGGAUCAAUGCUAUGUUGUUGAUAAAUGGGGAACAAUUUCAUGGGUUAGUUCGGCUUUGCAGGUGAUUCAGUUUGCGCCUCCACUAUAUGGGCUUGGCGGGCAGAAGCAUUUGGUGGAGUCUUGUGAUGAUCUUUAUGUGGUUGAUCAGUACUUUGAAAAUGUGAGUUACCAUCACGAGAGGGGGAUGUUGAGGUACCAAGGUCGUGAUCUGGAUAAUGAAUUAAUUUUCGGGCAACAUCACAAUUCCCGUUCUGAAGCUGAUGCAGUUGAUUUUAAAGUUUAUAAGUUGGAUCAAGAAUGGGGUAAAUGGGUUAAUGUGAGGAACUUGGGAGAUCAAGUUUUUAUUUUAAGCAAUGAUGUGUCUUUCUCUGUUUCCGCCAGAGAGUUUGCUGGAGUAAAGGGUAAUUGCAUUUUUUUUGUUGAACGAGUGGCUUCUCCUGGAAGAGCAAAAAGGGAUUACAGUCGUGUGUUCGAUUUAGAGGAUGGUAGAAUUAGGAACCUAGCAUCUUGGUGCAGUGCUCAGAUGGUCCAACCACCUUCGACUUGGCUCGGCCCUGAUUGAAGUUCGUGCAUGCUCCGAAUGUGAGUGAAAUCUUAUAUGGAAGUUGGUUACUCCUGAUGACCACAUGAUUAGCAUUUCUCGGAGAUGGUGGAAGAUCCAAUCUCAUGAUCCGUAACAGUUCUUCUGUAAAUUAGUGUAAAAUGUGGUUUAUUAAUGUUAGGAAGUAUACAUACGGAUUAUGUAAAAUGGCCUCUCUUCAUAAAACUUGUAUCUAAGUGCAGUGCGUACAGAUUAUGUAAGAUGACUUCUCGGUUUUAUCCGGACAUUACAAUAAACUAUAACCACAAUGAGAGCACCGUUUAAAACAA